GGUCUCCCGGGCCGGCGCCUGCGCGCCGCUCCGCCCGCCCCCUGCCCGCUGUCAGGAUGAGGCGGAGGAGGCGGAGGCCCAGCCCGGCAGCUCCCGUCUUUCGCAGCGGCUCCUGGCGUAGCGGUUUCAGCCCCAGCGCCGCUGCCUGAGGGGAGCGGGGGACGCCGGCGGAGCCAUGGCCCAGCCCGGGGCUGCGCCGCACGCAGACGCUGCUCUUCUGCAACGGCUAGCAGAAUUGGAAAAAGUCAAUGCAGAAUUUCUGCGUACAAACCAGCAGCUUGAGCAAGAAUUUAAUCAAAAGAGGGCAAAAUUUAAAGAGUUAUACUUGGCUAAGGAAGAGGACCUGAAAAGGCAAAAUGCAAUACUGCAAGCAGCACAAGAUGAUCUAGGACAUCUGCGGACACAACUGUUGGAAGCCCAGGCUGAAAUGGAGAACAUCAAAGCCAUAGCUACAGUAUCUGAGAAUACGAAGCAGGAAGCUAUUGAUGAGGUGAAGAGGCAGUGGCAAGAAGAAGUCGCUUCACUCCAAGCAAUUAUGAAAGAAACUGUUCGUGACUAUGAGCUCCAGUUUCAUCACAGGCUGGAGCAAGAGCGAGCUCAGUGGGGCCAAUACCGGGAAAAUGUUGAAAGGGAAAUAGCAGAGUUGAGAAGGCGGCUAUCUGAAGGUCAAGAAGAGGAAAAUCUAGAAAAUGAAAUGAAAAAGGCCCAAGAGGAUGCGGAGAAGCUUCGUUCAGUCGUGAUGCCUAUGGAGAAAGAGAUUGCAGUUUUAAAGGAAAAACUAACAGAAGCUGAAGAAAAGAUAAAAGAACUGGAGGCUUCAAAGAAAUCAAAUAUACUGAAAUUCCCAAAAGAUCCAGAGUAUUCAGGAGCUACAAGAAAGGUUAAAGAACUGAACCAUUACCUGGAAGCUGAGAAGUCAUGUAGGACAGAUUUAGAGAUGUAUGUGGCUGUUCUGAAUACUCAGAAAUCAGUCUUGCAAGAAGAUGCUGAGAAAUUACGGAAAGAACUUCAUGAAGUCUGCCAUCUGUUAGACCAAGAGCGACAACAGCAUAACCAACUGAAACAUACGUGGCAGAGGGCCAAUGACCAGUUCUUGGAGUCUCAGCGUUUGUUGAUGAGGGACAUGCAACGUAUGGAAAUCGUUCUGACCUCUGAACAGCUCCGACAAGUUGAAGAACUGAAAAAGAAGGAUCAGGAAGAUGAUGAACAGCAGCGACUUAGCAAAGGGAAGAAACAGAAACAACAAGAUCCAGAUGAUGAAACAAAAGUAUGCUCUCUCGCCCAUGAAGUAUCCCUUAUGCCAUUCCUUAAUGAAGAGGUACAUUUAAAUAGUGCUCAUGGAUCAGUCCAUUCAUUAGACACAGACUUGUUGUUAUCUUCUGGUGAAUCUUUCAAUAAAUCAGACAAUGAUCUGUUUAAAGAUGGACUUCGGAGAGCACAGUCUACAGACAGCCUGGGAACAUCGGGAUCUUUACAGUCCAAAACUUUAGGAUACAACCACAAAGCAAAAUCUGCUGGGAAUCUGGAUGAAUCUGAUUUUGGACCACUAGUUGGAGCAGAUUCAGUGUCUGAGAACUUUGAUACUGCCUCCCUUGGGUCUCUGCAAAUGCCAAGUGGAUUCAUGUUAACCAAAGAUCAGGAAAAAGCAAUCAAAGCAAUGACACCAGAGCAAGAAGAAACUGCUUCCCUUCUCUCCAGCGUUACACAGGUUGUAGAGAGUGCUUAUGUGUCUCCUAGUGGUUACCGCUUAGUUAGUGAGACAGAAUGGAAUCUGCUUCAGAAGGAGGUGCAGAAUGCAGGAAACAAGCUGGGAAGACGCUGUGAUAUGUGUUCAAAUUAUGAGAAGCAGUUACAGGGAAUCCAGAUUCAGGAGGCUGAGACAAGAGAUCAGGUGAAAAAGCUGCAGGUGAUGCUAAGGCAGGCUAAUGACCAGCUGGAAAAAACAAUGAAAGAUAAACAGGAGCUGGAAGAUUACAUGAAGCAAAGCAGUGAAGACUCCGCCACACAGAUAUCUUCACUUAUUGUUAGAUCUCAGGAGUCUGAGACCUUACUCAGUGAAUUACAGCAGGCAUUUUCCCAAGCAAAGAGAAGUGUUCAGGAGCAAAUGGCUGUCCUGAUGCAGUCAAGGGAGCAGGUCUCAGAAGAGUUGGUGAGACUACAAAAAGAUAAUGAAAGCCUUCAGGGAAAGCAUAGCUUGCAUGUGUCUUUACAGCAAGCUGAAGAUUUCAAUCUGCCAGAAUCCAUGGAGGAACUCCGUGAGCUGGUAUUAAAAUACCGUGAGGACAUCAUUAGUGUACGGACUGCAGCAGAUCACCUUGAAGAAAAACUGAAGGCAGAAAUUUUAUUCUUAAAAGAACAGAUUCAAGCUGAACAGUGUCUAAAGGAAAAUUUAGAAGAAACUCUACAGCUGGAAAUAGAAAAUUGCAAAGAAGAAAUAGCUUCCAUUUCUAGCCUAAAAACUGAAUUGGAAAGAAUAAAAGUGGAAAAGGAACGGUUGGAGUGCACCUUGCAGGAAAAACAGCAGCAGCUGGAGAGUCUUCAGGAAAUGAAAAACACUCUUGAAGAACAGCUAAAGAAGGAGACCACUGCGAAGACUAACCUUGAGCAGCUGAUGUUUGAAGAAAAGAACAAAGCUCAGCGACUGCAGACUGAAUUAGAUGUCAGUGAGCAAGUACAGAGAGACUUUGUAAAGCUUUCUCAAACCCUUCAGGUGCAGUUGGAACGGAUCCGGCAGGCAGAUUCCUUGGAGAGAAUCCGUGCAAUCCUGAACGACACAAAACUGACAGACAUUAAUCAGCUUCCUGAAACAUGACACCCUGAUGGGCAGGGCUCCAAGGCUGCCUUUGGGGUUUUUAACUCAUCUUUAUAGCAACAUUAAUUAUUAUUUAACUCUAACUGAAAGAGCAGACGAUGACAGAGGGGAGAAGGUUUUGCACAGGGCAGGAAGAGAGCACCAGGGAGCCUUGCAGUGUAGAAGAGCAUUUUCUAAUGGGAACACUAAUGGGUGCAGUGUUGUUUUCCACGGUAAGUGGAAACAGUCCUUUACGUUCUGAAAAAUAUUUUUUUUCCUUUUGGCCAACUUCUUAACCUAAUAUAGAUAUCUGGAACAUUUCCCCCUACAUACUGUAAUCAAAGUAGCUGCUGGAAAUCAUAUCAUCCCUCAAAACACAUUGAAGAGCAAAGUGAUUGAAGUUUUUCUGUUUUGAAUAGUCAGUAACAGUAUUCAGCUAGCAGACAGCCUGAGGUGUAGUGUGCUGUAUGAAUAUUUUAUAUUAAAAUAUGAAUUUAUUAGCAGGACACUGGAUAUUGAUCUUAUUUCCUAACUCAGUGCUUUUUUUUAAACCGUUUUAGUUUUUGUUGAACAAUCUGAAUGUGGUUGAAAUGUAAUGGAUAUGAGUGAGCUGUGCAUCUCAGGAGCUGAUACAAGUUAAUCCAAAAAAAUGAAUUGAUCAGUAAAGAAUGGACUUCAGAUUAAAAUUCCGGGGUUAAAGAAAUGCACUAUUUAUAACCUCUUCUUCACAGGUUUAAUUUAAAAAAUGGAACCAUAACUUAUACUUUCUCAGUUUUAGAACUGAGGUGUUGCUAGUCCCAUAUUUGUGUUAAGACUGUUAACAAAACUCUGUGCACCAUUUAAGCAACAUAUCGGGCAUUUGCACAUCAUCUCUGCUGGGGUGAAUGUCGUUCUGUGUGAACUAGCUUUUACCCUGUAUAAUUUGUAGUUGAAAAAGGAAGAUGAUUCUGAAUUAAGGAAAAAUUCAAAGUCUCACACCAAUGCCAAAUAUAGGUUGGUACAUGCAACCUGCAUCACAGUCCACAAAAGCAUUAUGCUGCAGGUUUUGUUCAAGUGCAAUGCAUCUCAAAUAUGGUGUCCAGAUAUUGCUUAAAACACAGGGAAUAACUCAAAUCCUACUCUGACCCUUAACUAGACAUUAAGGUAACACUAUGCAACAAGACUGUGAUAUUCUACAAGUGCUAGGUUUGGGUUUCUUUUCAUACAAAACAGUAUUAUAACAGACUUUUAAAAAAAAAAUUAGAAUUCCAUACAGGUUCUCAGAUGAUGAUGGCUUAUCUGCCACUGUACUAUAUUAAGUGUUGCAAAUUCUGAAUAUUUGAACUGGCCCCUGUGAUAACUGAACUAGUUCUGGCCUUUGAGAGGAAUGGAAGUUGUCAUUGGAUCAGUAUUUCAGCCUUUACUAAUGGAAAGGUUAGUAGGAAUAUACUUUCUGAAUAUUAACAUUAAGCAUCCACAAUUCUUAAGUGAGCACAUGCACUAUAUUGUAUGUACACACUUGAAAAUUUGGGCCUGUGUUUGGCAGCAGGAGGCACAGGAAAAGCAACUGUUUUCAGCCUAUAGAUCCUCUUAGGCUCUGAAAUUAGCUAACAUUCUACAUUGCAGGGCUGUUAUUGUGUCGGUCCCAAGAUAUUAGAGAGACAAGGUGGGUGAGGUAAUAUUCUUUUAUUGAACCAAUGUCUGUCUGUUGGUGAGAGCUUGUUUCCACUAAAAGAUAUUACCUCACCCACCUUAUGUUGCUAAUGUUCUGCUGGUACUUAAACCUGGUAGCAGUGCUUUAAGGAAGAUGGCUCUUUUAUGAGAGCUGAAAUAAAUCUAACAUUAAAUUCUUUGUAGCACCUAUUUGAGGAAACAACCUAGUAGCCUGGCCCAAAAAUUAACUUUGAGGUGAGGUUGCUGGGCUGUAUAUCCCAAACUGGAAGAAAGCAAGGAAAUAAUCAUUCAACAUCUUUUCUGCACUGAGUCACUUCCUCUUCUCAGCCUCCCUUCUACCACCACAGGUCAGCCUCAACUCUGCUCAGUUUGUUUUCAGUAGUAUGGCUUCCAUGUACUGCAUUUCACGUAGCUGUGGUGUUUGGGUGCAGAUGCUGGCUGUGAUGUCUUGCUGCAGUCUUCAGGAAAAGUGAGUGCGUGAGCUUAGUGAGCAUUCGUAAACUAAUAUAGAAAUUACAGAAUGGAAAUGUGCAUGCAUGUUGGUGUACUAAAUUGUUAUAGCCUGGAUAGGUGGCUGCAUGUAUAAUUAGGAUGAGAGUAGGGGUACACAGGCUCUGGAAGGAACGUAGUUGAGAAGGGGAACUAGAUGAUUAUAUCUUUUGCUUUUACAGAGUGUAUUGAUUGAUUCAGUGCAGCAACCUCACUUCAGUUUUUUGUGGAAGUUUCCCAACCUUUGUAAUAUUCACAGACAGCUAUGAAUAUUGAUGUUGUAUUCUCCAGUCUCACUUUGGUACCUAAUAGUUAAAAGCUGAAUUGAAUGAAGAGGGAACAUGGAGUAGCAAUGUUUAAAGGUAGAGUGUAGUAUGGACAUGAGGCCCUUCAGCUGCUAAUCUGAGCUCCCAGGGCCCCUAGCUGUGUGCAGGAUAGAGUCCAAAAAAACAAAAGGCUUCUAGCUUUUGUUGAAAAUAUGGCCCUAGGCAGCUUGGUGAAGAUGAAGUAGUUGACUGCAGUGCCAACAACUAAGAUUAGAGAACUAGAUUGUCAAACAUAAAUGAGGCCCUAUAGCUGAGCUGCUGUUAGACUGUGGGGCUAGUGCUGGGUUAGCUAGAAGGGCCCAAAGGUAUGAGGAACUAAGAUUUCUUCAGGAAAAGUCAAACACAGAAAACUCAGGUGCCCUCUGGAGAGCUGUCUGCCAAAUGUGGUGAUUAAAUUCCCUUAAGUGCAAAUAAAGCAUCUUAAUUUUGGCAUGUAUCCAUAAGACUGUAGCAGGAAAAUUAUCCCUCUAUCAUAGAAGCUCCUGGGAUCAAUUUGAUGGGAGGGUGGUUAGUUUUACAGUUCUAGCUAACAUGCACUAGCUGUAACAUGUUACCUACUAUACAGCAAAAACAUGUAAUUUAGAAAAUGGACUGUUCACUGUAGACUGUAAACUGAAAACUAUUCAGUGAGUUUCAUGAAGUAUUCCCAACACUUGUGUAGUCUUAUGCUGCAAAAAGAAGGUUCUAGUUGCACAGAUUGUCUAGUACCCCUCCUUUCCUUAAAGGCUUUAUUUUCUGCACAUACCAUGGUCAAGCAGUGCAUUACCUCUUCUUAAAACUUUUAGCAGAAGUCAAGCAUCCAUACUCAAUCCCUUGAAAUCAUCCUACAGUAAAAAUACAACUGGCCUCUAAAUUCUCUUUUGAUAAAGGCAAACUGAGUGUUUGGAAGUGAAUACUGCAUUUCAGUGAACCAAGCCAUUGCUGUCCUGUGCAACUGUGGAUGUAGAACUCUGUUGUCUACAGAAUUCAAAUGUAACCAUUUGUUAACUGUAUUGAAGGUGUGUCCUUAUGAAGAAAGUGGUCCAAAUUAAACAAAAGCUGCUGAAG